GCCAUGGGAAAUUGCCCACCCCAUUCGGAACGCCGGUUUCCAAGCAAGCCGGUUUGUUUCGUUCGAUCCUGAUUGACAAAGCAUCGGGUUUGAUUUUGUAAAUUGAAAACUUCGAAAACUCAGUCCAGUUCACUGAUUCAGCUAUGACAUCGGCGGAGAAUUGUGAGAUCAUUCGAUUGGAACCGGCGGCAAUCAUCGGAUUUGAUGGUCAUGUCAUUGCCGGUUUGCGUGUCCACCCGGACCAGAAGCAUCUGGUGUUUCCGCUGGGAAAUGAAAUUUCCGUCUACGAGCUGGAGACCAACCGGCAGACGUUCCUGCGGGGCCACACGAACACAAUCUCCACCGUGGACAUUGCACCGUCGGGAAGGAUGGUUGCCUCCGGGCAGACCAAUCACAUGGGAUUCCGAGCGUAUGUCAUCAUUUGGGACUGGGAAAGCCGGAAGGAAAUAUCACGCUACGAGCUACAUCGGGUGAAGGUUCAAUCGUUGUGUUUCUCGUCCAACGAGCAGUACCUGGUCAGUUUGGGUGGGAAGGACUGCGGCUCGAUCAUCGUGUGGGAUAUCGAACAGAAUAUGGCCAUUUGUGGAACUAUAGCAACUAAGGAAACAACCGGUGACGCUUUGAAAGUUUGCGGACUCAACCAAAGAUGGACAACUUUUGUAUCGGGUGGAGAUCAAAAUCUCCGCGUUUGGCACAUCGACCGCGAUCGGAAACGCUUGAACGUCCAGGAUGUGGCCGUUGGAAAGUUGCGGCGCGAAUUCACGGGAAUGCGCAUCACCGAGGACGACGAAAUUCUCUACGUGGGAACCAUGAGUGGGGACAUCGUGAAGAUUCGGCUCAAUGUGAGCUCUGAUCCGAACGCGCCGUCACAGGAUAAAACACCGGUUCUGUUGGGAUGCUUCGGGAAGCACAAUCCGAGGAAACCCGUUGGCAAGGAUUGCGAAAAGUAUCACUAUGGGGUGCGCGAUCUGUUGAUAUUGCCCAACGGGAGUUUGAUCAUCGGGGCCGGUGACGGGACGAUCGAGAUGGUGCACGAGAGGAAUGUUAGUUUUAAGAAUUAUAACAGUCCCACGUGGCCGCAGUUGAAAUCGCUCCAAUCAACCAAAGUAGGAGGCGUGAUCACCUCUCUACAGAUUGUGAAUCAAUACACGCUAAUGAUCGGAACCGAUGGCUGCGAAAUUUACUGUCUGGAGCUUCAGAACUUCAAAACCACCUUGCGACUACUCAAAACCUGUCACACCAAUGCCGUUUAUGACAUCGCAUUUCCCUACAACUUUUCCCUAGUGUUCGCCACGUCAAGCCACGAGUCGAUCAGAAUUUGGUCGACCUCACGGAUGCAGGAACUGUUACGCAUCGUGGUGCCGAACUUUGCUUCCUCGUCUAUCGUGUUCAGCCGAGAUGGCAAGAGCAUUAUUUCGGCUUGGAAUGAUGGAGUUAUUCGUGCGUUUACUCCGCUAACUGGCAAACUGAUCUACGCCAUUCCGAAUGCCCACAACAAGGGCUGUUCGUCGGUUGCGGUCACUAGCAAUGGGAAGAUAUUGGUCAGUGGGGGUAUCGAAGGACAAGUAAGAGUUUGGAAAAUAGAACCCUAUAUGCAGAGCAUGAUCGGUGUUCUGAAGGAACAUUACGGUCCGAUUGAGUCCGUUCACAUCAAUAGCUUCGAUACAGAAGUUGUGUCGGCUUCGCGGGAUGGGAGUUGUGUGAUUUGGGAUUUGAUUCGACUCACUAGGAAACAUGUGAUCUUCGCCCAUACGCAGUUCAUUGCGGCGCAGUACUACCCGACGGGGGUUCAGAUAUUGACGGCUGGAUCGGAUAAACUGAUUGGAUAUUGGGAAGCCUUCGAUGGCAGUUUGGUGCGAGAGGUGGAAGGCUCUAAGUCCGGUCCGAUCAAUGCCAUCGACAUGAACAUGACCGGAGAGUUCUUCGUUUCGGCUGGUACAGACCAGAUUGUUCGCCUGUGGGAUUAUCAGCUGGGAGUUGAGGUGGCCGUGGGAAUUGGACAUGCAAGUGCCAUCACUUCUGCCAGGUACAGCCCUAACGGGAAAUUUUUGGUGACAGGUUCCAGUGAUGGAGGAAUAUUCGUCUGGACGGUUCCAGAGAAAUACCAUAUCAAAAUCCCAUCUCCGGAUAAUGCUGCUGGCAACAAUAAUCGCGCCAAGGCAAAUGCGGAUAGUGCCGGCAAAAAACUAGUUCCAUGUCGGGCAUCAAAAACCAGCAACGAAAAUGUCCGCCAGCUGGAAUCGGCUCAGUCAAAUCGUUCCAGUCAAAUAGCUAAAUGUCCGGCCGUGGAUCUCAACGCCCAGCCAACGAUAGAUCCUUGUGUCGACACCGCAUCGCUGGCAGAUGACACCGAACAACAGGACCAAAUAGAGACAAGGUCAUUCCACUCGCAGAAAUCACAAAUUUUUGAUAAUUAG